AGGGGCAAAAAACUUCGGGUCGAGGCCGAUGAUGGGCGCGGGGAAGCCGUUUUUUGAUUGCAGGGACGAAGACUUGCACUCGGAGUCUUGAUGAAAUGCGGUUACAGGAAGGAAAAACAACACAGCAGCGGACGGCAGACACAAGCACUAACAGACUGCAUGAAGGAGAACUAAACAUCAGCAACAGUUUGAACACUCUUGGGGGCCUGCUUCUUCUUUCCAGCCUUGACGUGCUUGGCAAGGGCUUCAAUCGCCUGGAUCACCGGCGCGGCCAUGGGCUUGUUGAACAGAGCCGCAUAGGCGUUCUUCACGCCCUCGUUCAUCACCUCGUCAGGCCCAAGCAGGCCGCAAGCCCGGGCCAGCAGCUCCUGCACCACCGAGCUGCCCUGGAGGCACUGCUUGGUCUUCUUUUGCGCCAAACGACCACUUCUCCGAGGCGAGGACAGAUUGAUGCCCUUGGCCCUGGGCGGCUUUUGCACCGGAGUCGGCAGCAGGGGGGCCGGCGGGGUGCCGACGACCGUGCCCAGGAACAAGUCCAGAGCCCCCAAGGUAGGCAGGGCAGCAUCUCCACAGGUAACAUCAGUGCCCAGCGCCGUGGCCGCAACCCUGGGGAAAGGUCCCAGCAGCGCGGAAGCAGGCAGGGGCGUAGACUCCGGGGUACGGACGGGGGACGCAGGGGUGCAGGGGGGGCCACCGUGGCCUGGACGGGGGUGGUUGGGGUGGCGCACUGCACGAUCGCUGCCGGCAAGGGGCGGUCAGGGGACACGCAGAUGGCCGCAGCAACAGGGCGAGACGAGGAUGGCCCGUGCGUGGCCGAGCCAAACUCCGGAGGGGGGAGCCGAGGGAGAGUGCCCCCAGCCCGCAGGCCAGCCCCGCGCCCACGUCGGAAUCGUCCCAGGCUUCAGUCCCAACCGACAAAGGCGCCACAGCCCCGAGCAUCAUGGGAGGGCCGGAGGGGGAGCCGCGCAGGGCCUUCCCAGGAGGGGCGGGUGACGCGGCCGGCACGGCCGGCGGAGCGAGCAGACAGCGGAGGUCAGCCGCAUCCUACAACAUAGCCGCACGCAGGGCCGCCCGAUUGUCCGCCUCGCGCGAGCCGAAGACGCGGUGGAUUUUGGCCUCGGCGAGCGCGACGACGCCCAUCUGCCGGAAGCAGCCACCAGCCUCAGACGAGGGCGGAGGCAGCCCAGAGACAUGGCGCCGGCCGCCAUCGCCGCGAGAGCCGCCGUCGCGCCGACGAGGGGAGCGUGAGCGGGGCCGCGGGGGAGCGUCGUUGUCGCGACCCGAGCGUCUGUUGUCGCGGUUGCGGCCCCCAGCAUGGCCGUCGUGGUCGUCACGGUCGUCAUCGCGGCGACGCGUGCGGAAGUCCCGACAGCCAUCGUCGCUGCCGCGCGCACGGGGUGCGCCACCCGUCGUAGUGCCGCGGGAGUCGAACUCCCCCGGGAUAAGGACGCCGUUAGUGGAGACCGGGGCGUGGCCGUCGAUGGUGCCGCGGUGGCACGGUGGGAAGACCGAUGUCGGCGGGGAGUAGGGCACGGGCCUGCCGUCCUCGACGUGCUCCAGGUGCACCAGAACCCGAAAAGUGGCGCCGCGGAGACAGCGCGCUGGCUGCCUCGGAGUGACACGCAGGAUGCGGAUUUUUAGAACAGCUGCGCCGGGGCCGCGUUAUCCUGGCGGUCGAAUAGUCGCGGUUUGCCUCGACAUGUCCGACAGGGAAUACUGGUUUAGCCUACGUAUUACCGUGGCAGGUGUCUGUCGCCGUCCCCUCGUCGUAGGGUAACAGCAUCACGGGUAGGCUCUGCACAUUUGUCUUCUAUCUCCCCACUGCAUACCCGUGAAUACGAAUCAGUUCUCUUCCCACACAGCGCCGUACUUUGACUUACCCGUGAAUACGAAUCAGUUCUCUUCCCACACAGCGCCCUGCUGGGUACUUUGACUUGUCCCUCUAAUGGAUUGGGUGCAAGGAGGCGAAUCAAUGGAGCCGGCGCUCGCCACCCCGGGAGCCUCUCCGGCGGACGGCCAUAGAUCCCGCGCCGCUGCUGGCGAUCCAUUCUUAGCAAGCCGGCAGAUCGAUGGAGGGGGGGGCGGCGGCCCGAGCGUCUGCCCGCUCCUAUUCCCCAAGAACGCGAGCGUCUGCCCAUCCAUAUCCCCCAAAGAACUCCUCUUCAUCCAUUGACGGGAGCCGGGAGGAACCUGAUUCAGGACUGGCGGCUGGAACGCGAGGGUCUCGUUUCGCCCGGAUCCCAGGCCAUGGAUUGCCCACUUUGCAAAAACCCGCCUGCCGUAUGUUGUGAUCUUGAAGGACCGUCCUGCCACAUUUCAGUUCCAAUGACAACCUUCUAUUGGGUUGAAGCUUUUAUCCCAUGCUGCAACAGGCGAGUGAUCGGGGCAUGUAUGGAGCAUCUGCAGUCCAUUGCCGCCAGAGAGAAUAAGCCCAUGUGUAAGACAAUCUUUGUAACCAGAGAACUACUGGAGUACGACAUACAAACACUUGGGCCCCAAACUGGUCGUCCAUAUGUAUGGACUGUAUGCUCUUUGUUCUCUAUCCCCAAACGGACUCUCAAGUAUGCAAAUAUAGUCUCGCUCCUAUCAAGAGAUUUGUCCAUCA